GGCGCUCGCUGCAACUGUGCGCUUGCCCCGCCACGCUGGGCUCCUCCAUCGCGGCCGCCGCUCUCGAGCAGCUUCUCGUUGUGGGUGAGAGGCCCGGAGUCGAGGUCCCCCGGCACCGCGGAGCCUCCCCGGGAGCCGGCAGCGCGGCCUGGCCGCAGCCUCCUCCCGCUCCCUGGCUGCCGGGGAGACAGGGUGCGGGCAGGAUCCGCGGGCUCCGUCUCCCCUCUGGGGCAGCCGAGGUCCGGAGCGCUCCCACUGCUACCAGGGGACGAGUCCCGCACUCCUGAGGGUCCGCACACCUCAGCGGUCCUGCUCUGCCCUUCUCUUGCAAGUUUAUCUCCCGGGGAAGGAUGUCUUUAGGCGACACUUGUUCUAUUAGGCGGGAAAACUAUGUGAAAAAGAAUGUCUUAGAGAAUCAGACAAAUAUGACCUUGCUUGGAGACAGGUCAGUGUAGUAGUUGUUAGAAACCGCACCCCUUAGCCUAAGAAAGGACAUUUCUUGUUCAGCACAAAAACCAUUUAGGUAAUAAUUUCUGUUACGUUACGGUUAGCUUUUCCUUUUUAGAGGCCCUAAUUUAAAAUUUUCACAAUUUUUAUCAGAUAGGCUUGCAUAAGUGUUACUGUGAUGGCUGUUGAGUAGCAAUGAGAUUUAAAUUACUUAUAUUCUGUAUCCGAAGUCAUUGUCAGUGACUGGUCUUGGGCCUUGAAUUCUCUUCAUGCUUGCUGUCUAUAUCAGUGUCCCUUUAACACUAGUUCUUUUGCAUAAGUACAUUUUCUGCUGAUAAUUCUGGACCCUCAGGAAGUUUUUCACGGGGAAACAAUUUAUUCAGCCUUCUUGCUCUGAGUGUGAGUUACAAAAAUUUAUAGCUCUCCAGCCAGUUGACAAGCAGAAAUAAGUUUUUGCUCAUUCACUCACCAAAAGGAGACAAGCAAUGCUUGUGCUACUUUCUUGCAAAUUUACUAACUGGUUUUCACUUGGUUUGAGAGCUUGUUUUAGUAGAAGAGUCCAAGAUGCCUAUACUGAGGGUAGACACUGCCACUCAACUUUCUGAGAGAUGGUCCUUGGUGACAUGCCACUUGGGUUUGAACCAAAUGCUACCGCCCACCAGAUCUGUGACUUCCCACUGGUAACAUGGCCUGGAAAGUCAGACUGCUUAUCUGUGAAGUGCGAAUGUCAGUAUCCAAGGUCAUUAGGUUAUAAGGUGACAUGAGUCAGGUAAUGCACACAAAGCAGAAUCCCAGGAAACUCAUCUCACACAUGAAGAUUCAGGCCUUGAAUCCACUCAGAGUCCAUGCGAUGCCGUGGGAAUCAAGCCAGGAACAAUCUCUACAAGGUGACUAUUUUAAAUGCAAUGAAGAAGCUAAGACCUUUCUUAAAGACAUUGCUCUUGCUGUUAAAAAAUUGGAAGAAGUGAGAAAAACCACAAUCGAUUGUCUGGAAAUAGAAACGAUGGAACUCAGCAGAUUCUACUUCCUGCUGCAGACUCUGCCUGACAGGAUGAACAGGGAACUAGAAGAGAGUAUCAGAGAUGCUCGCAGGUUAAAUAUCUGUGAGAUAAACCAGAUGCAAACAAGAAUUAACAUGAGGGAUGAUGAAAUAACGUCUCUAAAGAAGACAAUAACCACCCUGAAAGAAGUGAAUGAAACUCUCGGUAUAAAGCAAGAAGAGUUGGCCCAGCGGCACGCAAAGUUCGUCCUGUCACUCAACCAAACGAUGGAAGAAAAAGCCAAGACCAUCAUUUACAUAAAUGAGACCUGUACCAGAAUAAACGCAGAGAGAGAAGAGACAGAGGUACAAAGAAAAUGUGUGCAAAAAGCGGAGGAGCUAAUGGCCAAAUACAUUGCGGAAUAUUUGGUAAAAAAACAGCAACUAAUCACUCAGAUUGAUGAACUUAAAAAAAUCUAUGAACUUACAAAAAAGGACACUUUUAAAAAGAAGGAAGAAUUGGAAAAAUUAAAAAGUAGAAUGUCAAAAAUGAAACAAACAGUUACCAUCAGCACAGUGGUUCUUAGUGAUCACAAUUUAGAGAUAGCACAACUACAAUCAUCAAUAAGGGAGUGGGAAGAAAAGGUGGAAGAAAUAACAGAAGCUUGUAAGAUUCUAGAAAAUAAAAUGAAUUUUUUUAUAACUCACAAGGAAAAACUGGAUGAUUCAUCACAAUAUGAAAAAAAUGAACACUUGCGUAAAAUAAAACAGCUGGCUGAAAAGCUGCACAAAGCUCAGUUAGAGAACAAAGAGCUACACGAGAAAUUGAACACUAUUCUACAACAGUAUAGGAUUGUGCUAACUGAGGAAGAUCAAGUUUUUUUGCAGAAACGGAAGAUCUAUGAUGAAAACCAGAGACAACUGGAGUUUAUUACACAAAAAGAAAACUUCCUAGCGCAAAGACAAAUAGACAUCAAAAAUAUGGAAGAAGGACUCAUUACACUUAAUGAUCUUCAAAAAGCAACAAAAGAUGUGUUUCAAAAACAAGUAAAAAUUCAGAGUGAUAACCUGGAAAGAGAAAAUCAGAGAUGUGUUAUAACUCAGUGGAAACUAGCUUGUGCAAGAAAACAGCAUGUACAAUGGCUAGCCCAGAAAACAGCUGAAAUAGAAGCAAUUUCAGAUAAAAUUAAUCAGGCAGAACAGAGACGAAAUGAACUAUUGGAAGAGACUAAACUUAGAGAAAUGGAGAUCAAUGAAUUUGUGACACAGAUCGAAAAACUUACAGCACAAUUAAAAGAAGAAGAGAAGGAAAUUAUAACUGAGGAGAAAAAGUUAAUUCAUGAGUUAAGCAUAUAUGAGGAUUUAAUUUUUAAGGAAACAAAAAUUAGCAAAGAAACGGAAGAAAAGCUUAAUGAUAGUCUUCCACACCUUCAUAUGGCAGAAGAAGAGUACACAGAAAAACACAGGAGGCUACAAGAGCUCUAUAGGAUUCUUACAGCACAAAAGCAGGAGGAGACUUUGCUGAACAAUUACAUUUCUCAUGUUACAAGGGACUUUUCAAGAUAUGUUGAAAACAGGGAGAAAGUGAAGGAAGAAUUACAAGAAGUACGAGAUCAAGAAAGCCAAAAACUCAAAGAACAUUUUGAAAUUCUAAAGAACUUAGAAAAUGAAGUCUAUUUGUAUGACCAAAAAGUAGAGCUUUUGCUUCUGGAAAAUAAAAGAUUAAAAGAAUACAUUUCAAACUUGAAAAACGACACAGAGGAAUACAGAAGAAGACAAGACUUCCUCACAUACAACGCGAAGGACCUGUCCUGGGAACUCAUAGUGCAGCACACACAAUAUAUACACCUGUGGGCAGAAUUUAAAGCCACGGUUAAGGACUUGGUGCACAAUGGUAAAAAUACCUUGAGUGAAAUAAAAAAUCUAAUAGACAAGCUGUGCACAAGGGAUGAAAAAAUUGAGUCCAUCAGUCUUUGGCUACAAGGGAAUUUUGAGGACCUGCGUAAUCUUACAAAAGAAGAAUCGCCAACCAGUCUUCCAAAGAAAAAAGUCAAGCACACCAAAAGGAGUCCAUUUCUUACAAAAGAAAACUGCAUUUAUGAAAAAUAACAAGAUAACUCAAAUAUACAAUUGCUGUGAAUUCAAAAGGCAUAAACAAAACUCAGGAAAAAGUGAGUACACUUAUUUUCAUAUUUUGAAAUCUUCAACAUGUGAGCUUUAAAUAUGCCUCACCCUAUUACGCAGUUAAAAAAAAGUGAAUAGCCUUCAAAACAAUACAAUGCAUGAACACAGAUUAGGGUAAGUGCUCAAUAUUCUAUUUUACUUCCAUGGCUGUGACUAGUAUAAACAUCAUACGUAUAAAAAACUAAUCACAAGGAAACUGUUUGCAUACUCUUGUUUCAUUAAAUCUAGGAAGCCAUCAGUCAUAAGAUGUACCCUAGUUUAGAAAUGUCACAGUGCGAAAGUAUCAUGGGAUUAAUGAAAUAUAGCAUAUAGUUUUCCCUGAAAAUGGAUGUAAGAGAAAGAGAACAUAUGAAUAUAUGUAUUUAUUCAUUUGAGAAAAAAGACUUAGUACUUAACAUCUUUAAAUUACUUUCAUAUUUAAUAUUGUAAAAACCAACCACAUGUCAGAACGUUUGAGUUUUUUGUAGUUAUGUUCUUUUUUACUGUUUUCUUUACAGGAACAAUAAUCUGAACAUGUCCUCCACCAAACUAUAAACAGAAAACUUACUCUAUAAAUUAUGCUCUAUUUUUGCAAUAUUAUCAAAAUACUGUAUUGGUGAAAAUAAAUAGAUAACAAAAAACAA